AAACACACUUCAACAACAAGAGAAGCUUGACCCAACGAUAAUCCUCUAUCGGCCGCCGACCGGAUGAGAUUAGGUCCGAGCAUCAAGACCCAGCGAACUAUACUUGUUCAACCAAGAAUUGAAGAAGUGUUGGCUCGGUAAUUUGAAUAGUUUGUGUAGUGUGUGUACAUAAAAAAUUUUAUAAUUAUAAUUAAUAAUGUGAAAUUGUUAGUCUCGGAAGUCAAUCCGCCAGCAGUUAGAUAAGUAAAACAUAAAUAUCGAGGGUGGAUCAAAAACAUCUCUGUUAUUUCUUUGAACAAGUAGUUUAGGUAUCCAUGCAAACUAGCGGUUGCAAAACCACAAAGUUCCAAACCUUUCGUAAGCUUUCGUAUUCACUGUUCUAGUGUGUAAUCAAGCCAACCGCGCAGAUCGACCCAAGGCUGUUUUGAUUAGUGAUAGUGCUUGGAGCUCUACAGGCCGUCGAAUCCGAUUCGGAAAUCAGUUCUCUUCAAAUCGCGACGGAGUGAGCAACAUGAAGCCGUUGCUCCUAGUACUGGCCCUUUGUGGGGCCCAAAUCCAUGCCAUCUCUGUGGGUCGAUGGUCCCACAAUGGCGACGACUACGACGAGGACGUAGGCGGGUUCGAUUGGCGGCCUCCGCCGUUGAAGCCUCUUCCCCGGCUGUCAAAGCCACAGCCCCAGGAAGCCUGGGCUCAACUACCCGAAGUCGGCGAGAUCUUCGGAAUCAGUGGCUAUAAGACCAUUGCCAAUCGCCCGGUGAAUGCCUUCUUGGGUAUACGCUAUGGCACGGUUGGAGGCGGCUUGGCACGCUUCCAGGCAGCCCAACCAAUUGGAUACCAGGGACGGGUUAAUGCCAGCGCGCGGAGUCCCAAUUGUGCGCAGUUUCCGGAGCUCGAUCGCCUGAGGUUGUCUGAGUCCCGGGGAGAAAAUGUCGACGAAUGCCUUACCUUGGACAUCUACGCUCCCGAAGGUGCCAAUCAGCUGCCCGUGUUGGUCUUUGUUCACGGAGAAAUGCUGUUCGACGGUGGCUCAGAGGAGGCCCAACCAGACUAUGUCCUGGAGAAGGAUGUGCUGUUGGUCUCCAUUAACUACCGACUGGCGCCCUUCGGCUUCCUAAGUGCUCUAACCGAAGAGCUUCCCGGAAACGUGGCCCUCUCCGAUCUGCACCUAGCACUGGAGUGGCUGCAACGCAAUCUGGUCCACUUUGGUGGCAAUGCGGGACAGGUAACCCUAGUGGGUCAGGCCGGUGGCGCCACGUUGGCUCACGCCUUGAGCCUCAGCGGUCGUGCCGGUAAUCUCUUCCAGCAGCUAAUCCUGCAGUCGGGCACCGCCCUGAAUCCGUACCUGAUUGACAACCAGCCACUUGACACCCUGAGUACCUUCGCCCGCCUUGCCCGCUGCCCACUGCCACCCAUAAACCCAUUCGCACAAGGACUUAAGCCCCUCUACGACUGCCUCGGCCGACUGCCCACCUCCCAGCUGGUGGAGGCCUUCGAGCAGCUGCUCAAUCAAAACGAGCACCUCGGCCUUACACAACUGGGCGGCUUCAAGCUCGUGGUCGGCGACCCUCUGGGCUUCCUGCCCAGCCCCCCGGCCUCACUGGUCACCAACAGCAGCCUUGCGCUGCCCAUGAUUGUCGGAGCCACCAAGGACGCCAGCGCCUUCAUCGUGUCGCGAAUCUAUGACCAGCUUGCUCUCGUGCAGUCCCGCAAUGUUAGUGACUACAUCGACGUCGUCCUGCGCCACACAGCGCCGCCAAGCGAGCACCGCCUUUGGAAGCAGUGGGCACUGCGCGAGAUCUUUACUCCGAUUCAGGAACACACGGCUACUCUGAAGACAGUGGCCCAUGGACUGCUCGAGCUGAGCAACUACAUCCUGUAUCGCGCCCCCGUGAUUAACUCCAUCCGUCAGUCGGUCCGCUCCACCCCAGCGUACUUGUACACCUUCGGCUAUCGCGGACAGCACCAUCGGUUCGGCCACCUGUCCAACCCUUUUCCCUUUGGAGUUGAUGCCUCGCUCAGCGAUGACAGCGUGUAUUUGUUCCCCUAUCCACCGGACACUAGUCAACUGAACCCCAUGGACAGGUCUCUGUCCCGUGCCUUGGUCACCAUGUGGGUGAACUUUGCUACUACUGGCGUGCCCGAUCCCAAUCCUGGUGUCUGGCCGCAGGCUACCUCUGAGUACGGUCCCCUACUACGAUUCACAAAUGAUCAGCAAAGUCGGAUUGAGCUGGAUCAGCACUUUGGCGAGGGAAUCAACUUGCCAAAUCAUAACUGGGUGGGCUAUAAGCCGACCACUAUCUUUUCACCUCCAAUUACCACCACCACAACAACCACCAGCCGUCCAUACGCCUACAACCCGUAUGCCAAUUGGCAAAACAGGCCUGCUCAGCAGCAUCCGAACUGGCAUCCUGCAGAUCCGGAAUACGUCAGAGCACAGGAAGCGCGUCAGCAACAGUUCAUCCGCGAAAGGGAGCAGCGUAGGCGAGAGCAGCAACAGCGAGACGAACAGCUUCGCCGCCAGGAGGAAACACAGGAGCAGCAGGAAGAACGACUAAUCCCGCAGCUAGAGCAAGAAGAGCGGCUACGUCUGCAGCAAGAGCAAGAAGAAAGAUUACGUCAGCAGCGAGAGGAAGAAGAGCGAAUUCGUCAGGAAAGAGAACAGUAUGAACGAGAGCAGCAAGAGCGAGAGCUACUUGAACGUGAGCAACGAGAGCGAGAGCAACAGCAGCCCAUAUAUGAUCCUGUGCCGGAAGAUGACCAGCAGCAGGAAAAGCACCAAGAAGGAGAGCCACAACCAGAUGAUAAUUGGGAAGACCGUCGGCUACCAUAUCCCUCAUACGAACAAUAUGGUCCUGAAGGGAAUCUCCCCGGAAUUUUUCCCAGUCCCAACUACGACGCGGAAGACCUCGAACUAGAGCAGCGGUUACGUGAGCAGCAUUUACGUGAGCAGCAGGAACGUGAGCAGCAGUUACGUGAGCAGCAGGAACGUGAGCAGCAGUUACGUGAGCAGCAGUUACUUGAGCAGCAGUUACGUGAGCAGCAGGAACGUGAGCAGCAGGAACGUGAGCAGCAGGAACUUGGCUUGGAAGAAUACCCUAGCUACGAGGAAUAUCUUAAAGCCCUAGAGGAGAAAAAUGCGGAAAGUGAUCGAGCCUAUGCCGAGGAGCAAGAGCGGGAGCGUCAGCGUCAGCAGCAAGAUGAAUUGCUUCAAGAAAAUCAACGGCAUCCGGAAGAAAGUUUGCCGGAGGAACCGCCAACCCAACCCGUCUACGAAGCCUACGAUCUUGACCAGAGCUAUAUCCAGGAGCAGGAGCGCGAGCAAAAGCGAUUGGAUCAGGUUGAACAGGAAAGGAAGCAACAGCUUGGUGAGGACCAAGGAGAAGAAUACGAGAGGUCACCUGAUGGGGAAGAGGCAGCAGUAGAGGGAGAUCUCAAGGUGGAGGAUUUCCCCACCUAUGAGGCUUACGUGGAGGCCGCAACCAGGCUCCGCUUAGAGCAGGAGGAACUAGAAAAAUUGGAGGACGAACGUUAUAGGGCCGAACAGGAGGAGAUGGACCGCAUCCAGGCAGAGAGGGAACGCAAUUCUCACAACUAAGGAACCAGAUCAAUGGUCCAUAUUGUAACUAUGUAAAAACAGCGUUCAUAAUAAGCUGUACACACCACAAAAGCUUAAAAAUUUUCCACGCUCUGAUAUCUACACAAUUAUAUCGAAAGCUAAUGUUUUUAAAUAAAUACAUUUUUGAAAUACAGC